GGUGGUUAUUGAUACUGUUGUCAAACCUGAGUUUUAUGCUGUAGAGUAUACUAGCUGUAAAUGAUACACACGCGCAUAAUCUGUCUGUUUAUGAUGUUUGAUGUGUCAUUUAGAGCCGCGUUUCCCUCCCAGGCAUGGCUGCGACAUUCACAGUGCUCGGUUUCAUAAUGAUUGCGGCAAUGGUGCACACGUGCACCGGCUCGCCGCUGUUACAGUCAGCCCACGAGGCUCAGGAGGUGUCGGAACCUCGCGAGAUCAGGGGGAUGCAGGUGCAGCGGGGCGCUCAGAGUCGUGACAUGAGAACGGAGCGUUUUGCACCUUUACCAGAGGACCAGCAGCGCUUUACGUCCAAGCAGUUACUGCAAGCUCUGUCGGAAAUGAUCCAGCGGGACGACUGCAUUUCAGACUAUCAGGGCUGGGUGGACUUCGGGCGUCGCAGUACGGACUGAAGUUUCUAAUGAACGAUCAUCAUCUCUCUGCAUUUCAUUAAAUUUAUUCGAUUUAAUGCAACCUCAAAUUUGUAGUUCACUUUUUUUUUUUUUGUUUUUUUGUAUUUUAUAUAAAAUGGUAUAUAUGUAAGGAAUAACACACACGAAGGGCCGUGCUGUUGUAGAAAAAGAAUCCACACUGGAUUGUUUUUUUUGGCAUAUACGCCACAGUGCAGCUAAAUGCUCGAAUCUGAUUGGUCUGAUUGGUCAUAACUGCUCGGAAAGUAGUUCCGGCUGACACGUUAUUGAAUUAUGGGUUAAUAUCGAUGUGCUGGUUUUAGGACACAUUUAUCAUCUAGGAUAUGAGUCUUGAAGGCAAGUGCUUUGUAACAGUCACGGUGCUUUGCAGUUUCCCGGGUCAGGAAGGCCUUCAGGACAGGGGAGAUUGUGCUUUCCUGUUUCUCUGUAAAAUGACAAUUUGCAUUUUAAGAGAGAGAGAGAGAGAGAGAGAGCGCAAUAUGACCAAGCAGUGGUGGAGCCAGAAAGGUGUCCAGUAUGGCACUGGACACCGCUGACAUCCGAUUGGCCACCCCGGGUGCCACCCCAACAUUAUAUUCACUACUGGCAGUAGCUGAUGCUGAUUGACACAUCAUUUCACCUCUUGUCGAAAGAAGAGGUUUUUUUUAAACGUUUUCAAAUCAAGGACGAGAGAAUAUGGCUGCAGGAUACCUAGAAUAAGCAAACAUCAUAUUUGAAGUACAUUUUUUAAAGUUUAGCAUCAGGUUUGUUUGCUGAAUAACUUUUAUGAGGCACUGGAUGUGUUAAUAAGGCUCCAACAGGCUACCUAUGCUAGGAUGGCACAUAUAAAUGAGGCGAUACAAGCAUGGCUACACACCUAUUAUGGUUUUGAAACACGCCUAAUUUUGUUUAAAAGGUCUCGUACAAUAGAUUUACGUGCAUCCGAGGUCAAAAAACACUGUAAUUUAAACUCAUAAUUUAAACUGCAGCAUUACCGUUUUUCCCCCAGUGUCACAAACGACUCCUAAAUUGAUCCGUUCUAAAGGAUUCGUUCUAAACUCGUCCUUUCAGAGAGCAUACUCUGCUCUGAUUGGUCAGAUGUCCCAGUCUGUUGUGAUUGGUCUAACGCUGUCACCGAGCAGCCGAUGAAGACCAGAGGCGAGGCUUUUUGUUACAAACCUACGUAGGUUAGUACAGGAAGUAAGGUCUGGAAUCACUAACGACUCGAUUCAGCUGUUCAGAAUCGCUUCCUUCUUUUAGGAGUCAAUAACGCCGUUUGUCGUGCGCUUUGAUUUAUGAAACUUUUCAGACUUUUUACAUUCACAAACAGCUCUAUACUCACUUGGUCACAUCUCUCUCUCUCACUCUCUCUCUCUCUCUCUCUCUCUCUCAGGUAAUAUCUGAAAAACCAUAAUAGGUGCAGAUUAAGAUAAACAUGUUGGUAAUUGGUUGAUUAGAUGUAACCAUAGACGGUCUUAUUUUUGCACAGGAUCAAUUAAAGAUGAAAAGAAAGGGAGAGAUAUCAGAGUUCUUUUUAAUGAAGCCCAAGUGCAACCAGCCCUGUCUGCUCGAUGCCUGCUAUAUCCAAUUACAUUGUCUGGGUUUUGUGUGUUUUUUUGUUUAUAAAUUUGAGGUUUUAUGUCAAUAAACUCAGCAGUUCAUGUAACAGACACAUGCUAUUGUAUCUUAUCUCCUUGGUGCUUAAGCUUCAUUUUCUGAAAAUAUUUUGGAUGUUCAACACUUAUAGACACAAACAGGGUGACCUCGUUCUUUCCACUAUAUGUGUAUGUGUAUGUGUGGGGCCACCCCAUGUAUAAAACUCUAGAUCCGCCACUGCGACCAAUUGAGCGAGAGAGAGAGAGAGCGUUUUGACCAGGUGAGCAAGAGAGAGAGAGAUCCGACCAAGUGAGUGAGUGAGAGAGAGAGAGAUCUGACCAAGUGAGAGAGAGUGAGAGAGAUAAGAGCAAGUGAGUGAGCAAGAGAGAGAGAGAGAUCCGACCAAGUGAGAGAGAGUGAGACAGAGAGAUCCGACCAAGUGAGAGAGUGUGUGUGUGUGUGAGAGAGAGAGAGAGAGAGAGAGAGAUCUGACCAAGUGAGAGAGAGUGAGAGAGAGAGAGAGAGAGAAUGAAUGAGUUUAUCUUGGCUGUAACAGGUGAGAACAGGAACUAACUUGUCUCUUGCACGUUGCAAUCUGACUAGGAACCAGUAAAAUGCACAAUGUUUCGUAUAAUAUUAAAUGAAAAAGUGUAUUUCAGCAACUCACUGCAGUAUGAACAGAAUAAUACACAACAGACUGUGAUUUUAUACAAGAGUAAUGCACUUCAGGGGGGUAGAGGCAGUCCACUUGUGCAUUAUGGCACAUCGCUGUCCGGUUAUUCCUCACUUAGACAAUGCUCAUGCAGCGUAUGUCUGAUUCGUUAACUACAAAUGAGUUUAAGACCGUAGGAUGCAAAAGAACGUACUCAAAUGUACCUUGUCACUGUAUGUACCUAGAACGUACCUAUUACAUGCUAACAUGAAUGCAAUUUACGUUUAUAG